AUGCCUUCCUACGAUCCACCCAGCGCCCCCGAAGACUCGAAGGACUUUGCCGCCAGUCCUGGAUCUCCGGAAUCUACCGAUGAAGAAGAUGAGGCUCCAUUAGGGAGCCCCUCAUUAGAUUCAAAUCCCCCACGAAUUCCCUCUCUUCGAUCUACGUCCGACCCAGCGUCCAUGACCCCGUCCUCAACGCCUCUCGGUUUGGUUCAAAACGCUCGCAGACCGAACGCCCCAUCUACAUUAUCAAGUAUGAGAACUGCGCAGUCAAGCAUGGGGGGACAACUGCCACAAAGUAUGGAGGCAAAGAUGAGAGCCUUUCACCUCUCUCGACAAGGAACACCUCCGAUACGCCCUCAAGUUGGCACAUCCGUAUCUGCGAGUGAACCACUUGCCCCAGCUUCGCCCAGUUUUGGUGGACCGCCUUUGGGAGGUCUGCCAGGUGGCUUACGGUUGCCCCCAAAUAUGCGCCCACAAGCUCACAACUUUGCUUCUGCUCCGGCAGUCCCGAAGAUGCCCGCCAAGGGCGGGUUGAGCGCGCGCCGUGGUAUGAAGCUGCCAGGAGGACUACCGGGAGCAGAUAAUAACAGCACACCUCAAUUAAAUGAUAAUGGCGAGGCUGCUGAAAAUGGAAGUGCGCAGUCCGGAAACAUGUUCAACAAAUUUUCCCAAUAUGUUGACACCAAGACCGGCACGCUGAAGUUUGCUGGUAAAGCGGUCAUUCACAGCCAAGGAAUCGACUUUACUUCCGGUAGCAACUUCAGCAUUUCGUUAGAUGAGGUCGAUACAUUAGAGGAGCUCGGAAAGGGCAACUACGGCACUGUCUACAAAGUUCGCCACGCUCGUCCAAGAAUGCGAAGACCAGGCCUUGGAUUAGCAGGAAACAAGUUCUCUUCAGCUUCGCCAAUUACCCCGUCUCCAGAAAAGGAUGAUUCUUUGGAAUCGUCGCUAAAGACCGGGAACUCCACGGGUGUUGUUAUGGCCAUGAAGGAAAUUCGCCUUGAGCUCGAAGAUGCAAAAUUUGCUGCCAUCAUCAUGGAGCUCGACAUUCUGCACCGGUGCUUGAGUCCUUACAUUAUUGAUUUCUAUGGAGCUUUCUUUCAAGAAGGCGCAGUCUACAUAUGCAUCGAGUUCAUGGAUGGUGGUUCCAUCGAUAAGAUCUAUGGAGAUGGUAUCCCAGAGAAUAUUCUGAGAAAAAUCACCUAUGCUACCACGCAAGGUCUGAAGACACUGAAAGAUGACCACAACAUCAUCCAUCGUGACGUCAAGCCGACAAAUAUCCUGGUCAACACUCGAGGCCAAGUCAAGAUUUGUGACUUUGGUGUGUCCGGUAACUUAGUUGCAAGUAUCGCAAAGACAAACAUCGGCUGUCAGUCAUACAUGGCUCCUGAACGAAUCAGUGGUGGUGGAAUGGCUCAAGCGGGGGCAGCUGGCGGAACCUACAGUGUACAGAGCGAUAUCUGGAGUUUGGGGUUGAGCAUCAUUGAGUGUGCCAUGGGAAGAUAUCCGUACCCACCCGAGACGUACAACAACAUCUUCUCUCAACUUAGCGCAAUCGUCGAUGGUAAACCUCCGGAUCUACCAGAGGAAGGCUUCUCCCCACUCGCCCAUGACUUCGUCCGUGGCUGUCUCAACAAAAUCCCCAAGCUUCGCCCGACCUACGGCAUGCUCUUGCAACAUGGCUGGCUCGCUGAGUUGUCUAAACCACACACCAUUUCGGAAGAAGACGAAGAUGCCGAGCUUGAGGAUACGACGGGUGGCCACUUUGGCAAGAGCGGCACUGAAGACGAAGAAGUUGCCAACUGGGUCAAGAACGCCAUGGAGCGUAAGAAGCUUGGUCUUAUGGGCGAGGCAAAAAAGCCAGCUCUACAUGCUGCACCUCUGGACACGGUUUCCCCCGCUGCUAGCCCUGGCUAA